GCUCAUCUCGCUCCCUCCCUCCAUCCACCCAUACGUCCGUCCAUCAGUUGCAUCGUUAGCUCGGCAGCUAGCAGCUAGCAGCUCAGCAAGCCCAGCGGCCGGCCGGUGCAUCCGCAGCUUCCAGCCAUGGCGUUGGUUACUCUGCAACGGUCCCCGACGCCGAGCGCCGCGUCCACCGCCAGCACAGCAACCACCACCGCGGGGGAGGAUUUUGGGAGUGAAGAUGAGCGGCGAAUAAAUCAGAGCCUGAGUGAGAGCUUCUUCAUGGUGAAGGGUGCUGCGCUCUUCCUGCAGCAGGGGAGCAGUCAGGAGGGCCAGAAAGCACAUCCUCACCACAAGCACGCAGGCGACUUACCUCAACACUUGCAGGUGAUGAUAAACAUCCUUCGCUCGGAAGACAGAAUCAAACUGGCGGUGCGGCUGGAGAGUGCGUGGUCGGAGCAUGUGCGGUACAUGGUGGUGGUGUACACCAGUGGGCGGCAAGACACUGAGGAGAACAUCCUACUGGGAAUCGACUUUACCACCAAAGACUGCAAAAGCUGUUCGAUCGGCAUGGCGCUACCGCUGUGGAGCGACACAAAGAUCCAUCUGGAUGGAGAUGGGGGCUUUACUGUGAACACUGCAAGUCGGACCCAUGUCUUCAAACCCGUGUCAGUGCAGGCUAUGUGGUCAGCGCUGCAGGUGCUGCACAAGGCGUGCGAGGUGUCCCGCAGGUACAACUACUUCCCUGGAGGCAUGGCGCUCACCUGGAUGGGCUACUAUGAGAGCUGCAUUGCUUCAGACCAGAGCUCCAUAAACGAGUGGAACGCCAUGAAGGACUUGGAGAGCACACGGCCCGACUCACCCACCAUGUUUGUGGACAAGCCUUCAGAGAGAGAGAGGACAGGGUGCCUUAUUAAAGCCAAACUCAGAAGCAUCAUGGCAUGCCAGGACCUCGCGAAUGUCACCUGCAAACAGAUCCGUACAGAGUUGGAACAACACAUGAGCUGUAACCUGAAGGAGUACAAAGAGUUCAUCGACAAUGAGAUGCUGCUGAUCCUGGGUCAGAUGGACAAAGCCACACUAAUCUUUGAUCACGUCUACCUGGGAUCAGAAUGGAAUGCUUCCAAUUUGGAGGAGCUGCGAGAGUCGGGGGUUGGAUACAUUCUCAACGUUACAAGGGAGAUAGACAACUUCUUUCAAGGCACAUUCAGCUAUCACAACAUACGCGUCUACGACGAAGACGCCACUGACCUGCUGGCCUACUGGAAUGAGACGUACAACUUCAUCGUCAAAGCAAAAAAGAAUAGCUCCAAGUGUCUGGUUCACUGCAAGAUGGGUGUGAGCCGCUCUGCCUCCACCGUCAUCGCGUACGCCAUGAAGGAGUUUGGUUGGUCGCUAGAGAAGGCUUACAACUUUGUCAAGCAAAAGAGAAGCAUCACAAGACCCAACGCAGGCUUCAUGAGGCAGCUGGCCGAGUACGAGGGCAUCUUGGAUGCUAGUAAACAGCGCCACAACAAGCUUUGGCAUCCAGAUGCGGACUGUGAGAUGGCAGAGGGGCAGCAGGGGUUGGCCCAGUGUUGUGGAGGGGAGGGUGGCAGCCACCUAACUCCAGAGCCGGGGAUGUCUCCCUGCUCUGGGGAGGCGCUAUCUGAUAAGGGGGCUGCGUGUGCCUCCCCGCGCACGGCGGUCGCACUGCAGAUCGACCCUGCCUACAACAACUACUAUUUCCGCCGACUCUCUGACUCGGCACUGGACAGUGAACCGUCUACGCCUGUGCGCGGUCCUCCGCUCAUCGGGAUGGAAAAGGUCUUUAUCGAAAUAGAGGAUGUGGAGCGGGACGCUCUGCUGGAUGAUGAGUCCUUUAAUGGGCCUGAAGGCCCGUCGCUCCCACAAUGUGGACCCUCAGCGGAGGGGUCUGCAGCCCAGACGGGCUCUCGGGACCCUGAGCCCCUGGAGGAGCUACGUCUGAGGCUGGAGUUCAGCACAGUUGAGGAGGAAGAUGAGGAGGAGGUGCAAAAGGAAGAGGCAGAGAUGGAGGUGCUAAUGCAACCAGAUGAUGGAGGGGGUGGGGCAGGAUGCGGAAGAGAGGAAGCCCGAAAUGUAGAGGUAGAAGGGGAUCCAGAGGCUAAUGGGAUGGACCUGGCAAGCCUAAAUGAAAACUCCAACAAUAACAACCAUUUCAGCACUCUAUGUAACCUCAAUGCAAAAGGUCGCUCCCUUCCUCCUCCAGUUGAUGCCAAGUCCAAAAGAAAAGAGGACCUUCCACCCGUGCUUUCUAAGCUUUGCCUUAAGCCCAGUCCUCCUUCAUUCCCACUGUCUCAUACCUCUUCAGUGGUACAGCUCUGCCCCUGUGGCCCUCUGUGUGACUGUGCCAGAUGUGCUGAUUUCCCGCCCACAGCUCUACUUGACAGAGAGGAGCAGCCAGCAGACUCACUGCGGCUACCGCAGCCAAAGAACGACGGUGGUGGUUUAGUGGAAGGCAAGAUUAAGAGUCAGAAAGGUACAUCUGCAGCUUCCUCUGAGGCUCUCCCUGAGCUGGUGAGAUUGGACUCGGAGGAAGAGAAGCUUGCGGUGGCUUGCCACCUUAGCCAACAUCAGGAACACCUGUUGCAGCUGCAGAGGUCUGGACUGGUCCGGCGACGUGCAGAGAUACUAGAAAGACUUUCAGGUCUAUCCCAGGAGAGCGUGCUCUCUGCAAAGCCUUUGCCCGCAUGCCAAAGUUCCAUAAACAGCCCUUUCCACAUAGAGGAGGAAGAGAAGUGCUCCGGCUUCGUCCAAGACGUCCCUAAAGCUUCUACGCCGCGCCGAGUGUGGUUGGAGCCACUGGCGGUGCCACUGACCAACGAAGCCUUGCUCGGGGUGGCGGGCUCCGGGUUGCUCACGCCCGCCUCCUCGCCUCAUGGCUCCACGCUGACACGGAGCUCCAGCAGCGACAGCCUGCGCAGCGUGAGGGGGAAGCCCGGCCUGGUGCGGCAGAGGGCGCAGGAGAUCGAGACCCGCAUGCGUCUGGCGGGCUUGACCGUGCCGUCGAGCCUGAAGCGGUCCAACUCGCUGGCCAAGUUGGACAGCCUCAACCUCUCCUCGGAGGACCUGUGUUCGGCCUGUUCCUCGGACGCAGGAACACUACUGCUCCUCUCGCUGUCCCCUGAGCCGGUCCCGGGCCUGGAGUGGGACUCCCCCACCACCUCGGCUCUGAUCCGCAAGGACCUGCACACUCCAGAGAGAGGACAGCCAGGUGAGCCCAGAAGCUGACAUAUCGAAUGGAGGACGUUUACACUCCACACACCCCCUCGCCGGUCACCCUGUGGGUAGUGGAGUCAAAGGAAACUAAUGAAAACAAUAAAAAGAAAAUGGCAACUGUUUUUACAGUUACGUUGUUUCUCAAACUGCUGUUCACAGUGAUGAAAGCUAUAUUGCUGUAUCUGUGUGUUAAGCCAUCAGUUCACCUCUCACUUUGUUUGAUUCAUGCAAAAACAAGUGCCUUACCAACGAGACCAGGGGCACAGAGCUGUGUGUUGGACUGCAGGACGAUACGGUACAAGGCGCUCUAUAACCUUUAACUCACAGCUGUUAGGACCAGAUUUUUACCUAAUAAUGGUAUCCAAGAUUAUUUUUAUCUGUCUUGUACAAUGUUGUAGCCUACGUGUGUAAACAUCCCUCGAUGGAAGUUGACCGAAAGCAAAGUGUUAAUAAAUGUAGAGUGGACUUGUAUGUUUUAGAGGCUAGACGGUUUUAAAUUAAUGGUUACCUCAUGUUGCAUUCAUGGAGCUCUUUCUCGGGCUAUAAUUUAAACUCACUUAAUUUGCGGAUGUCAAAUUAAAGUGAGGGAAUCUGAUUUUGAGGUGUAUAAUAAUGCAUGAAUGUGUGAGUGUCAGUCUGUGAGUGAGUGGGAUCAAAGUGAAGAGCGAAGGUUCUGACUUUGUUUUGCCAGAGGAUGCUCACUGUUUUCAACAAACUGAAGAGAAACAUUUCUGAGUUUGUUGUUCUUUUGCACUGCUUUUUUUAAUCUUGAGUGGAAACAAGUACGCUUUCUUCCAAAAUAACAUCAGAGUAUUGUUAUUGACCUCAUCAUUGCCUACCUACAGUGCUGUUGGGAGAGCAGAGUGAGGAGUCGUGGCUUGUUAUGGUCUGCUGUGAAAGAAACUGAAGAUGUAUAGCAGUCAAAUCAUAUCAUGUGAGAGUAAAGCUAUCUGAAUAUUUCUGAUCAAAUAUGAACAUGCAACAAUUUAUAUCCAAAACUUCCGUUCCCUUACGUUGGCUCCACCUCCAGGAUUACCCACAUUUUAAACUCAUUGUGCUUUUUGAAAUGUAAAAGACCAAAGUUCUUUGGCUGUCUCAAAAAAUUGAAAACACCAUCGAAGGUGUUCAAACUAUGUGCAUCAUACACAUAUCACGCAUACAAAUGAUUUUGCACCUUUUGGGAGAAUUGAAAGAAACACUGUGUGUGCACAGGCUCAUAGCUGUUAAGUUUUUAUGCUCAAAUGAUGUCUGUCAGUCUGAAAGCUGUUGUGACCCAGACUCAAAGAUCAGUUACUUCACAGUUUUGUAACCAUUUUCCUUUUAUAUUUAAGUAUGCAGUAACUUUUGUACUGUACAAUGCUGUAGUUUGAAUGCAUAUUGCACUUUUUAUGUUGGUCAAAAUAACGUACUGUAUUUGUUCAUUAUGGAAAUAAACCCUUGUUUUACAUAAUAAACCAUGAA